UUGUAGCUUUUCAAUGGAGUUUCCAUAAAGGAGUUCUAGUAAACAAUUUGUGUCAAAACUUUCACAAGGUUCAUUUGUCUUGUUAUCGUUCGUCUGCACGUAGGCUUUACGAAUUGUAAACGAACUGGUGAAAUGGACAACCGUUUUAUAUCUCGACUGCACCCUCUUGCAGCGGCUCGUAAAUCUAUACAUAACACUGUUCCGUCUGAAAUGCAUCGAUCUCCCAAUACCAUUAGAAGGUGUACAACAAAAAUAACAUCAGACGAACAGCGAGCGAAAGCUCGUGAGCAUCAAAAAAGAUGGAGAGAAAAACUCAAAUCUGAUGUGGCUAAAAGUGCUGAAUACAGAGAAAUGCAGCGGGAAAGAACUAGAAUGUGGAAGGAAAAGAUGAGAAUCAACGAAGCUGAGAGAUUUGGAGAGAUCAGCAGAAAACAUCAAGAACAGUGUAAAAAAUGGUGGGACAAGCUGACACCAGAGCAGAGGAGAGAGAAAAGGAAACAGUAUAAUCUCAAGUGGCGGCAGAAUCAAAAGAAGGUGGAUAGUGAUUCUUCAGACAGUAAAGAAACAGAUAAUUGGCAAUCAUAUAAGUCAUACAACCAAGCAAUGUCAGAAAAUAACUCAGGGACGACUAAAGCUGCCACCCCUCAGGCAACCCCUGAUUAUUAUUCUUUAAAAAGUAAUGCACCAGUUUUCAACAUAGUGUCUGGCAGUGUAGUAUACCCAUUUUCCUGUUUUCCUUUCAGAUGCCAGGCACAAGAUCCCAUUCAAAGAGGAACCACUUCAUAGAAACACUUGGAUUUUGCAAGCUUUUCCUUUCGGGGCUCGUUAAAUUAAGAACUUAGAAAAGAAUCUCUUACUCCCUUCGUGAAUGUUCGGAAUAAAAAAAAAAAAAAAAACAAAAAUAACAAAAAUCUUUAAAAAUGAAGAGAUAUAUUGUUUGUAUUUGUGUUUGUAAAAGAGAUGAGGAGUAUUGAUCAGAGACAUGUCUUCGCCUCUGGUUUGUAUAGUUGGGUUUUGUGCUCAUGACAUUUGUACCAUUUGUUUGGGAAAAUAAAUCAUUAGUUUCAUCUUGCAAAAAUAA